AUGGCUGAGGAAAAUAAUGAGAAAGGAGUUGAAAAUGAAGAUUCUGAUAAGUCUUUAGGAGAUAUGGGGAAAGAAAAUGUAGGAUCAGAAAAAACGAUAGAAAAUGAUCAAGGAGUGACUAAUGAGUUGUUGCAAAAAAGAUUUGAAUGUUUAAAUAAUACUAUUGAGAAUAUGAACAUUCAUUUUAAUAAUAUAUUAAAAGAUAAUGAAGAAAAAUAUAUAUUAGCAUUUAAUACAUAUAUGUAUGAUGUUCAAAAAGAGAUUCGAAUUUUGAAAAAGAUAGUCAAGCAAGAAAAAAUAAAACAAUUAAAAGAUGAAAAAGUUAAAAAAUUACAAAAAGAGCUUAAAUGGUAUAUCAAUGAAUGUUUAAGAUUAGACACAUUUUCUGAAUUUUUAAAAAAAGAAGCAGAAAAAUGGAAGAGAAAUAGUGAGCUUAUGAAAAAUCACAUGAUAUAUUUAGAAGAAAAAUUAUCAAAAACAUAUGAAAAAUUUAUUAAAAAGGGAAGCCUAAAAAAGGAAAAGAAAGAAAAUAUAAAUAACACAACUAGUAUGAAUCAAAGCUGUAAUAAGGGAAGUAUUCCUAUCAAAGAGGAAGAGAAACCAAAAGAAGAAAAUAAAUUAAAGCGUAAUGAAAAGGAAAAUGAUAAAAUAUAUAAAGAAUUGAAUUAUAAAAUAAAAAAUUUAGAAAAAAAAUUAAAAAAACAAAUAACCUUAAAUUGUAGUUUGCAACAAAAACUUACAAAACAUUAUAUUGAGAAAUCAAAAUACGAGAAAUUAUUUGUGGAUUGUGUUCACCAAAUUAAAAAGGACUUAGGAAAAUUAUCUAUGAGUAAUGAUAAAGAGAAAUAUAUAGACGAAAAUUUUUCAUCAUUAAUAAAUGAAUCUAAAUUUAGUUAUUUUACUAAAGAAGAUAAAAAGAAGUUGUUAAUUUCUUUUUUUUCUUCUAAUGAUUUGAUAAAUUUAAUGAAAAAACAGGUUUUUAGUAAAGAACAGGAAUCUUUUAAUUUAAAACAAAAAAAUAGUUAUCCAAGUACAAGAAUAACAAAUCAAAAACUGUCAGAUAUAUCACCAUUUAUUUUGUAA